CCCCGCCAAAGCCAUUCGAGUGAGUAGCGGAUCCAGUUUCCUUCGUCGACUAACAAGCAUUACGCACUCCGUCGGACGCCGUCCGCCGUUGUCAGCCCUGCGUGGUUGUUUUCUGGCAAGCAGUGAAGAAGGUUUCAACCUAGGGCUUUUUAUACUCCCAAAAUCUGCAAAAAGGUGUCCAUGGCUGCAGAGUCAGCCACUCAAGAUUCAAGGAAACGGACAUUGGAGGCAUUGGAGAGAAGAUUUGCUGUUGCAAAAGCUGAGCUUCUCACACAACAAAAGAGGGAUAAAAAGAAUAUAAAAGAAUAUGGGAAACAACAUGAUACUGCAAGUAUUACCUCCACUGAUUCCUCAUCACUUUUAUGUGGUCCCUCAAGCACGCCUCCUGUGAGCACAUCUUCCAAGAAAGGGAAUUUCACUUUCUCUGGCCUGGCUACUUUGCAAGACAGUGAAGAAGGUGCUCCAACUUAUGCACAGCUCUCUCAGACUGUACAUGAAAAUCUGCUAGCUACUAAUGAGGAGAUCAUGCAGUUUUCUGCUGGGAGAGAAAGUUCAGUAAAUAGUGUAUUACAUGAGCUUCUUCAGAAGGGAGAUUCAGCUCCAAAAUACAUGCAAGGAUCAAGAAGCAUGAAAAUUGAUAAUUGGAUCCUUCUCGAUAAUCUUGUACAAAGAUGUGGAGCAUCUACUGGCUCUCACAUUAGGGCUUUGCGAGUAAAUUCAAAACGAUCCAAGAAACACAUGUCUAUGAAACAACAUAAAAAGCACGGAACAUUAGACCUUCCUCGAAAGUUCCACAAAUUUGAUACUUUCAGGCCGAUGCAUGAAUUAUGGAAAGGUUACAUGCAGCAACUUCUUAAUGCGGCUGGGAAGAAUCAAUUAGCUCAAUGUCUUCUUGAUGCAGAUCUACAUGGUGCCAUCAUUCUAGUUGUGGAGUGUAAAGUAAUCUCUUUUACUGGAGUUUGUGGCAUUAUGAUUCGUGAAACAGCAGAAACGUUUGGGAUAAUUACUGAAGAUAACAAAUUUCUAGUUGUUCCAAAAAAGAUUUCUGUAUUUGUUUUCCAUGUUGAUUGCUGGAAAGUCACUCUGCAUGGGGACAAACUCACUUCAAGAAAAUUGGGAUUAUGAUAUUUUGAUUUCGGGCUAGGAAUUGUACAGGUGCAGUUGAAGAGAGAGAAGUUUUGAAGAAUUUGCAGUCAAAGGUUAGAAGCUGUUUGGCCUCACGUGUCUCAGUUCUUCAAUUUCACAAGGCGGAUUCAUCCUCAUCCUCUAAACAUACUCCUUUAAUCUUAUUUAUAUGGUAGAGAGAGAAGAUUAAUGUUAAUCUUAUUUAUAGGACACCUCACUAUUUUUUAUGCUUAUCUUUACCUUUCUGCCCUUAUUAAAUGUUGAAAAAAAUUAUUAAAAAUAAUUGAUGGUCUUGUUAGAAAUA